GAUGGGAUUCUGAGAUAUGCUAGGAUUCGGUAGAGAGGCGCUGCUUUUACACCUAUUGAGCGCAGCAGUUAGAUCCAAAUAACCAGUCAGCUGCGGAGCAAAAGUGAUCCGAAGCACUUCUACGACUUCUACCUAGUGCAAAAGCCACGACUGAUUCGCCACCUGCCAUGAGCGAAACGAGCGAAAUCCUCACCGACCCGGACAUAGGUUCGCCACAGAAAUCCCCUAGCCCUAGCUCAAGCGAAGAUGAGAACCCCUCGGGUGUGAAGGACUUUUUGCAGCGGACAGCUGCGUGGGCGAGAUCACACCCGCUUAGCCAGCAAGUGAAGCGUGAUGAUAGUUCAAGCUCUUCAGAAAGCGAUCCUGGCGUCCGCAUGAAAGGGCGUGCAGCACUGCGGCGUGCUGUGAAGGAGCGGAAAGCAAUAGAAGAGAUGCGGCGAGAGUCGAUGCAUGGAAAGCUGAUGCAGGUUUUGACCAGCUUUUGGACGAGGGAUCAACAUCCCGAUUGGUCUGUGGCUGCAAAGGACAUUUUGAGGAAACAUGUCGAUCAGAUUCAAGAUACUUGUCGUGAAGCCAAGCGCUUGAAACACACGUGUGAAGCCUUGGUUCUGCUGUGUGCAGAAGAUUAUCAGACUAGAUUGAAGAACAAAGUCGAUGACGUGCAGAAGAAACAGAUGUGGGACGAUUACAAGGCGCGGGCCCUGCUACAAGUCCCACAGCAGCCUCGCAUCGUUCCCUACACAGGUUAUGAUCCAAAGACUGCGCAGACUCCCCGUCAAAGAAAGGUUGUGAAGCUCCCAAAGUCUGGAGAGCGCAAUCAGCCACCCUUCACCAGCAGAACUCGCGGCGCAGUAGGGCGGCUGGUGCUUCUAGAUCAAGGACAACUAUCUCCUCGCGGAAAAUAUUUGCAGGUUUGUACCCAACAUGGGAUACGACCAGCUUUGGAGCCCUUGAUGGCAGGUCAAUCUAAUAACUUGAGCAUGGCAAAUCAAAAUCUGACAGAUCACGAUGUCCUGGCACUCCUACCAGUGAUUGAAGAUGCGCAGAAUCUGAACGCCGUAAACUUCUCUGGGAACUCUCGACUGAGUGAUCAAGCGCUGAUACCUUUGUUCCGCGCCUUCUCGACCUCGGCAGCGACGCUACGCCACUUGUCGCUGCAGGGUGUGGCCAUGGGCCCGGCAGCGCAGCAGAUGCUGGCAGAGCUGCUCAUGAGCCGUGCAGGCUUUGUGAAGCUGGCCUCGCUAGAUCUCAGAGAGGUGUCACUUCAACGGAAAGGUUUCCAAUCCUUGGCUCAGUCCAUUGCACAACACCGCGGAUUGACAGACUUGAACCUCUCCAGCACGGGCUUUGUCCCCUGUGGCCCAGAUGGCAAGACCUGCAUUAGCUUGUUGAUGCAGUGCCCACAAUUGUCGAAGCUCGACCUGUCCUGGAACUGCUUAGAUACGCCAGCGCUACUACAGCUGGGUCAAGCAUUGUCUUCACGUCGUGCUUUGCAGCAUUUGAACUUGGCCGCUGCAGCACGAAGGUCCUCGACCGACCGGGAUUUGCCUAUUGAGCACUUUCUUGAGUUGCUUGCUAUGAACCGUGCGCUGCUGCAGUUGGACAUCUCGAUGAAUCAUAUGGACUAUCGUGCUGCUUUGAUUUUAGAGGAUGCCUUAGAGCGAACUUGCAUCCGCACUUUGAGCUUAAAAGACAAUCCUUUGGGCCAGACUGGCUUGCGGAGCAUCCUCCGACUCCUGUGCGGUAAAGAGUCUGGGCUAUGCUUCUUGUCGAUGAGCGGCUGCUACCGGGGAGGGGCUGAAAAGGAAGCAAAGAUUUUCAACUUUGUGAAUCCCAGUGGCCGCUAUGAGUUGGACUUGACGAGUCCAUAUGACCGCAGCUUGCUGCGAAUGCUCUACAAGAAGUGCGAGAGGAUAGGUCAAGCAGCCACUUCGGCAUUUCAGGAGGUCUCCUUCAAGGGGCCAUUCCAUCACCCGGAGAAGAAAGACGGGAGAUAUCAGGUGCCAGAAACUGGACGCUUAAACUUUACCUUUGCUUGUGACUGGCGCUUCAACGAUGAAGAAUGCUGGAACUAUGGCCGGGCCAUUCAUUUGAACUGGACCUCUCAUCGCUUCUUCCCGAGGAUCCACAAGACAGCGCAGCUCUUGCACCAGUGGCGCCUUGCAACGGAUGACCCGGAGACACAGACCACCAUCUUGGAGGUCCUUGGCAAGGACUUCGUGGUCUCUUCUGCUCUUUUGCGCGAGAUGUGCGCGCUCCAGCCGGACCAGCUCCCUGCGGUACUGAACAAGCUGAUGCACUGUGUGAAUGGCGGUAUUUCGUCGCAGUACUUGGCGAUGAUGAUGGCUCCAACGGUAAAGACUUACUUGCGAGUUGUGGACUCGGUGAAAAAAUUGAUCUCCUGGACACCUGAGAAUCCCACAGGAAACUACUACUUGGAUCUGGCGAAUCCAGCGGAUUUCGCGCUGUCGGAGCAAAUUCUGGUGCUCAAUCACUGGGAGAUCAUGAUUGAAGAGAACUUGGGCUACGUUGACAGCUCGCAGUAUGGCAACCAGUGCCAUUUGCGAAACAUGUGUUACGCCGGCCGGAAGCUGCCAUUCCAGGACGUAAAGCAGUUCAUUUUGCCCAUGUCUGAUAGCUUCAGCUUUGACUACGUCAGCUGCAAGAGGCCCAAUGGCACGGAACCAACCUUGGAUGUUGAUGAAUUUCAGAAAUUUCUGAAAUCCUUGGCAAGGCGAAACAGUCUCGAUACCAAGCUGCGACUCCAAGUGCUGCGCAGUGUCGGGUGGCUACUGUACCUCAAGGCGUAUCAGCUGCGCCUCCUCUUGGGCAUCUUCGAGGAUGAAUUCCGAUCCAUCUGUGCAGCCAGCCUUUUGUUCCGUGUGGUGGACAUGCAAAAUGAAAAGAUCUUCCGUUGCGCGUUUGAUGCAACCCAGUUCAGCCUGCUUCAGAAGAGUGUGGGUUAUUUGGCAUGUUUUCCUUACAUCCAGCCAGAGCAGUGGACGGUAGACCUGGAUCUGACACAAUAUGACCAGCGUCGCGUGGUGCAGUGCCUCUGGACCUUGGCCGAGAAGGAGCGCAUGGACAAUCUCACGCAGAUUGUUUACCUCUCGGCAGAGAAGGUCCAGUUGAACAAUGCUGACUGGGUUCCGCCAAUCUCUUGGUGCUCUGUAGAGAAUGUGCCAACCUCUGGGCACAUGAAGGUGACAUAUCGGGGUGGGAAGGACAUUAUGUCGUGGCCGACGCGAAAGAAGCUCUACGAGCAGUUUACCCACGGCCAGCUACAAGGCAGCAGUGCAGAUGUCAAUUGGUGGUCGUCGCUGAAGGAAGCUCCCAAAGAGGUGGUGCAAUUCCUGCAGCUCUUGCUGCGGAGGUUUAAGGAUUUCGACCAGGCCUUUACUUUCAUCGACGGAGUGAAAGGUAAUGGCGUGAUUAACCUCAAGGAGUUGACGGAACGUGUGCAGCGGAUGGGCUACAAAGAAUUCCAAGGCGCCGCGGCUGUGCCACUGAUUCAGAAAGUCUUCCGCUUCUUGGACCCUGACAACAGCGGAAGCAUCUCGCGCAAGGAGUGGUCAACCAUGUCGGACUUGCAAAAGGAAGUGCUCCAGCAGUUAGAGGAAUUUGCAAUUUUUCUCCAUAGAGAGUUCCCCUUUGCCAGAGAUGGAAAGUUGCAGAAUGUUUGGCCCUUGAUCGAUCGAGGUGGCCUGGGCAAGAUGCCGCGGAAGCGAUUCAAAGCUGCGCUGCAAGAGGAGCUGGGCUUCUUUGGUGCUGCAGGUGUCCUCGCGGAGUUCUUGGAUGUUGAUCAAAAGGGCUUUGUCUGUGCUGAAGACUUACUGCAGUUGAGGCGAUUCACGCGAGGGCCGCGCUCCCACAGCUUCAGCGAGCUUGAUCCCGAGACGAUCAAGAGGGAGCCCACCCAAAGAAAAGGAGCACGAAGGAAGUCAGUGAUUUGACGGGCCAAGAACUGUGAAAAGCGAAUCUGCACGAAAGAAUCAAUUUCCAAGGCGGAGGAGAAAAGGGUCUUCCUGC